AUGGAGGUAAGCCCCGCGUGGGAGGUCCAAUAUCUGCAUCGUCCGACACUGCGUGUUUUUGCGAUUCUUGACUUUAACCGCGACUUUGAUGUCCCGCUGUUUGACCGCGUUGUUGACGCGCUGUUCACCGGCAGAGGCGAUGAGCAAAAGAUGGCCCAGCAGGUCCUGACCGAGUUCAAGGAUCACGAGCUGGCAUGGACCCGGGCAGAUGGAAUUCUGACAGUAUCCAGCUCGGUGCAGUCAAAGUUCAUUGCGCUGCAGGUGCUGGACAAGCUCAUUCAGACACGGUGGAAGAUUCUGCCUGCGGACCAGCGCAACGGCAUCAAAAACUUUAUUGUUGAAGUGAUUCUGAAGACAGCAUCAACUGAGCAGUCGCUGCGCCAGAACCGGGUGUUCCUGAACAAGAUCAAUCUCAGUCUUGUCCAGAUUCUGAAGCAGGAGUGGCCGCACAACUGGCCGUCGUUUAUCCCAGAGAUUGUGCAGACCAGCAGGUCGAACCUGUCGCUGUGCGAAAACAACAUGGCGAUCCUGAAGCUGCUCAGUGAGGAGGUGUUUGACUUUUCGGCCGAGCAGAUGACGCAGGCUAAGACGAGGAACCUCAAGCAGCAGAUGUGCGGCGAGUUCAGCUCGAUCUACACGCUCUGUAACGAGAUCCUGCAGAAGGCAGUGCAGCCCAGCCUGAUUAAUGCUACGCUGGAGACACUGCUGCGAUUCUUGAGCUGGGUCCCGCUCGGAUACAUCUUUGAGACAGACCUGAUCGACAACUUGUGCACACGCUUCCUGGGCCCAGAGAUUACACGCAGCGUUACAAUCAAGUGUCUGACUGAGAUCGGCGGCUUGAGCGACGGCAGCGAUCAGUAUAACGCGCGCUUUGUGCAGCUGUUUACGAUGGCGAUUGCGGGCCUGCGCGAGAUCAUGGGGCCGAACCCGGACAUGGCCUCCAGCUGGGAUAGCUAUGGCGACGUUGAGCAGGGCUUUAUCCAGAACAUGGGCCUGUUCCUGACCAGCUACCUGACCACCCACUUGCGUUUGGUCGAGGCGCAGGUGCAGCGCGACGACGUGAUUCAGGCUCACCAGUACCUGCUGCUCAUCUCCCAGAUCGACGAGCGCGAGGUUUUCAAGGUCUGCCUUGAGUACUGGAACAUGCUGGUGCGUGGGCUGUACGAGGACGGCCGUACUUCGUCGUUCAGCGGCUCCAGCGGGCUGCUGAACCUGGGCACCAACAGCAGCAAUGGCAACACGGGAUCACUUUCGUUUGAGCUCCGGCGCCAGAUGUACUCCAAGAUCCUGACCGGCGUGCGCUACGUCAUGAUCGAUCGCAUGGCAAGGCCCGAGGAGGUGCUUAUUGUUGAGAACGAUGAGGGCGAGAUUGUGCGCGAGUUCAUCAAGGAGACAGAUACGAUCACGCUGUACAAGGCGCAGCGCGAGUGUCUGAUCUACCUGACGCACCUGGACUCGCAGGACAUGGAGAAGAUCAUGGUUGAGAAGCUGAGCAAGCAGAUGGACGGCAGCGAGUGGUCGUGGAACAAUCUGAACAAGCUGUGCUGGGCCAUCGGCUCGAUCUCGGGCUCGAUGGGUGAGGACCAGGAGCGGCGGGUGCUGGUGAUCAUCAUCAAGGACCUGCUGAGCCUGUGCGAGCUGAAGCGCGGCAAGGACAACAAGGCGGUCGUGGCGUCGAAUAUUAUGUAUGUGGUCGGCCAGUACCCGCGGUUCCUGAAGGCGCACUGGAAGUUCCUGAAGACGGUCGCCAACAAGCUGUUUGAGUUUAUGCACGAGCUGCACGAGGGUGUGCGCGACAUGGCGUGCGACACGUUUGUGACGAUUGCGCAAAAGUGCCGUCGCCACUUUAUCGUGAACCAGCCCGGCGAGGAGCGUCCAUUUGUCGAGGACAUCAUCCUGAACCAGAACGCGAUCACGUCGGAUCUCGAGCCGCACCAGGUCAACCGGUUCAGCGAGGCCGUUGGCUACCUUAUCAGCGCCCAGAUCAACGCCGAGGCGCAGGCGGAGCUGAUCACCGGGCUGAUGGAGCCCUCCAAUGCCAUGUGGGACCAGCUGGUGACCCGCGCUAGCAGCAACAUCAACGAGCUGCGCAACGUGGACCUUGUGAAGCAGCUGGGCAACAUCCUGCGCACUAACGUGUCGGCGUGCGGCGCCAUUGGCAAGGGGUUCAUCAACCAGAUUGGGCGCAUCUACAUGGACAUGCUGGGCCUGUACAAGGCGGUGUCAGAGCUCAUUUCGCAGUCGAUUGCGCAGGGCGGCGAGAUUGUGACGCGCCACGCCGACAUUCGCGCCAUGCGCACGAUCAAGAAGGAGACGCUGCGUCUGGUCGACACGUAUGUCAAGCACUGCGAGGGCGAGGUAAUGGCGGUCAACACCAACAUGGUUCCGCCGCUGCUCGAGGCCGUGCUGAAGACGAUGAACACGAUUGUCAACGAGCUGGGCAGUCUGAUGACAGACAAGAUCCCGAUCAUCUUUGACUCUCUGUUUGAGAGCACAAUGGGCAUGAUCAACCAGGACUUCACCGAGUACCCGGAGCAUCGUCUCGCUAUCUACCAGCUGCUGCGCACCAUCAACCAGAAGUGCUUCAACGCGACGCUGAACCUGCCGCCGCCACAGUUCCGGUUCAUGGUGAUGUCGGUGAUGUGGGGCUUCAAGCACACGCUGCGCGACAUUGCCGACAUUGGGCUGACGAUUGCCCUGGAGAUGGUCAACAACUUCAACAUCAGCGACCGCAACAUCUCGAACGUGUUUUUCCAGACGUACUUUAUUGAGCUGCUGAACGAGGUCAUUGUUGUGCUGACCGACAACGACCACAAGAGCAGCUUCCGGCUCCAGUGCAUGGUGCUGGCGCGCAUGCUCCACCUGAUCGAGUCGAACCAGGUUGCGGCGCCGCUGUUUGACCCGUCGAACCCCGAGUUUGCCAACAUGACCAACAGCCUGUUUGUGCGCCAGUCGCUGGCAGGCCUGCUGACGACGGCGUUCUCCAACCUGACGCAGCGCCAGAUCGAGGUGUUCGUUGAGGGCCUGUUCAAGUUCAACGACGAGUUUGAAAAGUUCCGCACGCAUGUGCGCGACUUCCUGAUCCAGACAAAGGAGUUCGCCGGCGACGUGGCCGACCUGUACCUGGAGGAGACCGAGCGCGAGCUCGAGGCCAAGAGGCAGGAGGAGAAGGAGAAGGCCAAGGCAAUUCCGGGCAUGAUCAAGCCCAGCGAGAUGGAGGAGUAG